UAUAGAAUUUCAAGUUUUCAUCCGUUAAUUAAUUUAUACAAAAAGGUAUAACUAGCCGAUAUGAGAUCUUUUGUGGAGUUUGUUUCAUGUUGCGUUAAAAACCCUGAAGUGUCUACGACGGAGGAGGUGGUGCCGGCUCCAAGGAGGGAAGAGACGAGGUCUUUAAUGGCUCCAAAAAUGGCGGCAUUGAGGAAGAAGAAUAAGAGGGUAAAGGUAGGGACAUCAUUCUCUAUGACUCCAGAGUGGAAGCCUUCGUUGUACGCAAUCUCGGAGGAUAAUGUUAUGGCGGAGAAAAGAGAGAAAAUGAAGUCGGAAGCGGCAACAACAGCGGCGGAUAGGGCGGUCAAGAGGAAGAGCACGUCAGGGUCACGCUCCAAAAUUCAUGUUCGAAGCGAUAGCGGCGACAUAAGGCGAAAUCCGGAACCAAUGGCCAUUCCCACGUUUUCUCCUACUCCUUUCAUGUUUUGAUAAGUGUCUAUUUUCGUGGAUCAAAUUUGUGGACAGAGGUUUGGUUUAGUUGUACCUUCUAAAGAUUAUAAAUAUGUAUAUAUAUUUAAAUGUAAUAUUUUUUAUUAAAUAACAAAAAUAUUAUUAAUC